GUGCCGCUACAGUCAGACUCAGUACGCUUUCUGUCGCUGAGAGAAGCGGAGGGAUGUUCGGCCUGCCAGUACCGGCUCUCGAAAGGAACUGAAUUGUCCGGCACAUCAACAUUGUCCAGGAGCAAACUGUAACAAUGCACGGCCUGUAAACCACCAAACAUGUCUCAAAGGAAGAGGCCAGGAGCCCCCUGUGCAGUUCCUCCAGUCUCCAGCUCCUGUCCUUCAGCUCAUCCUACAGAAUCGAAUGAUUUGAAAGCAGUCCAUCCUCGGCAACGGCCAACCCGCUACCCCAAGGAAUCACGUGCACCAAAGCCCCUUCCCCGUACCUGUAAGGCACAAUAUUCCUCUCACAAGUGUGAAGAUGAGGUUCCCAACAGCUGUCCAGAAGUGGAUGCGGAUACUGAUGUUGAACUGAAGCGAUAUGGCAAUCAAGCAGAUGUAGAAAUAGAGGCCCAGAGACCUGCAACACCCUCAGCGCCUGACCAUAAGCAUGAGCAAGAGAACCACAGCCAGGCGGACUUUCAUGAUGAAGCUGACAGCCUGGAUGAUGACUCUUGCUCUGACUUCAUUAACAAUACAUCAGAGGAUGAGGAAGACUAUGAUGACGGGCUGGCAGAGGAGGAUGAAGGUGUUACUUACUACAUCCGGUACUGUCCCGAGGAUGAGAGCUACAUGGAAGGUAUGGACUGCAGCAGCCAAGGAGACUGCAAACAUGGUCACGAGCAGCCAAGUGAAGGUCACACCGAGUGCCAGGAGCCAGUUGAAGGGUGGACUGAAGAGGGCGAGGCAGAGGUGACAGAGGAGGAGUGGGCUGGAGAUGAAGAGGAAGAAGAAGAUGAAGACGAAGAUGAAGAAAGUGCAACCAAGGAAGAGUGGCGAGAAGAGGAGGAAGGCAUGAGAGAGGCCUGGAGGGAAGGAGAUGAAGAAGGUGGCGAGGAAUGGCGCGAGGAGAACGGAGCCAGGCAAGAGCACUGGGCCGUUGGUAGUGAGAGGCACAGAGUGGAGGAGUGGGCUGAGGGUCAGGGGGAGGUACGCUGUGAGGUGGUGGAGCAAGAUCCAGACGAACAGAUAUACAAUGGACGACCAGAACCGAUCCUGGACCAUAACCAUCACAAUCCACACCAACAACAACCUGCCAUGCAGGACAUGUGUCCGCCUGAGGAGAAUGACGAGGACGAUGCAGAAAGCGGGGAGUAUUGCCCAAAUGAGGAAGGAGAUGAGGAAGGAGAUGAACAUGAGACACAUGAACGGGCCUAUAGUGGAGACUACUAUGCCCCAGAGGACAAUGGCAACUCUAUGCACGUCUCUCCCUUCCGAGGCCGGAAGGUGUUAGUGGUUGAGGGGGAGACGGGCGAGGAAGCGGAGGAGGACAUUGACCAAAUAGUUGCUGAGAUCAAGAUGAGUAUGAGCAUGGGGAGCCUGAGUAGUGGCACUGAUCAAAGUCCAGAAGAACUGGUGCAGGACCCACCCACAGGUGACUACCUUCACGCCAAGCCCAACACAACCACCUACCCGCUAGCUCACCAUCGCCAUGACAGCCGACCCAAGUCCCUCAACCUGCCUUCUGUGCAUCAUAAUAACCCAGACCUCCAGAGGGGCCUCAAGAUCCAACCACAUUCCCCAGAAGAUCAACAGAGAUGGCAACAGGAGCAGGUGAACAAUGGUGCUGAGCAGCCCAGAAAACAGCAGCGCUCUGACCUGAAUGUUCCCCUGGAGAACAACAACGUACCAGAUACGACCAAAAAAGUUGCGUCGUUCCCCAGCUUUGUUGACGUCCCAGGACCCUGCGAGCCAGAAGAUCUGAUUGAUGGAAUCAUCUUUGCUGCUAACUACCUGGGCUCCACUCAGCUGCUAUCUGAGAGGAACCCUUCCAAAAACAUCCGCAUGAUGCAAGCUCAGGAGGCAGUAAGCAGGGUUAAGAGCCAAGAUGGAGACGCUCAAACCCUCACUGAAGUUGAUCUAUUCAUCUCCACUCAAAGGAUCAAGGUCCUCAAUGCAGACUCACAAGAAACAAUGAUGGACAACGCAUUGCGCACCAUUUCCUACAUCGCUGAUAUUGGAAACAUUGUGGUACUAAUGGCGAGACGUCGAAUGUCGCGUACAGCUUCUCAAGAUUGCAUCGAAACCACACCCGGGGCACCUGAGACAAAAAAGCAGUACAAAAUGAUAUGCCACGUCUUUGAGUCUGAGGAUGCUCAGCUCAUCGCCCAGUCCAUCGGCCAGGCUUUCAGUGUUGCUUAUCAGGAGUUCUUGAGAGCAAAUGGAAUCAACCCAGAGGACCUUAGUCAAAAGGAGUACAGUGACAUCAUCAACACACAGGAGAUGUACAAUGAUGAUCUCAUUCACUUUUCCAACUCUGAAAACUGCAAAGAGCUGCAGCUGGAGAAGAGCAAAGGUGAGAUCCUCGGUGUGGUGAUUGUGGAGUCCGGCUGGGGCUCCAUCCUGCCUACUGUCAUUUUAGCCAACAUGAUGAACGGCGGUCCUGCGGCACGCUCGGGCAAGCUCAGCAUCGGAGACCAGAUCAUGUCCAUCAACAACACCAGCCUGGUUGGGCUGCCACUCGCUACCUGUCAGGGAAUCAUCAAGGGCUUAAAGAAUCAGGUUCAGGUGAAAAUGAACAUAGUCAGCUGCCCUCCUGUUACCACUGUCCUCAUCAAGAGACCUGACCUCAAGUACCAGCUGGGAUUCAGUGUGCAGAAUGGAAUUAUUUGCAGUCUAAUGCGGGGAGGCAUCGCAGAGCGAGGAGGGGUCCGGGUGGGCCACAGGAUCAUUGAGAUCAAUGGGCAGAGUGUUGUGGCCACAGCACAUGAGAAGAUUGUCCAGGCACUCUCAAACUCUGUUGGAGAGAUUCACAUGAAGACUAUGCCUGCAGCCAUGUUCCGACUCCUCACAGGCCAGGAGACGCCGAUGUACUUAUAAAGUGAUGGACAGAUCACUAUAAAACCAUGGACAAAAUCAAAUAUUGAUUAUUUCUUCCCAUCUUGUCUUCAUUGUAUGACACUUGCAACAGCCAUUUUUUUUUUUCGAUUCCCAUCGGAAGAGAUUGUGUGAAUGUUUUUUUUUUUUUUUCUCCAUUUGUUGGUCUUGUCUGUAAUCUUGUUUCCCUUCAAUGAGAUGAAAAUACUUAUUGGUACUGAG